CUGUUCUCAAAUGAGCUGUCAGUUUGUGUCGCGUAAACAAAUUUUGCGAAGCCAACGUAAACAUAAUUUUUAAGCAAAAAUGUCCAAGCCUUUCGUUGGGUUUUCCGACGAUGAUAUUUACAAGAUUACUCGUCAAAACAACGGAAAGGAUGCCGCAAAAAACCUUUCGCGUCCUCACCAAAAACCUGUACGAUUAGGCGAAAGAGCUGCAACAAAAAAAACCACCGUGAAGGAGCAUGUGCAAGAAAUUGCUGCCGAUAGCAGUACGACCACCAGUUGCGUUGAUUCCAGCAUGUAUCCAAACCACCCAAUUCAACAGGCUGUUGCAUUCAAACCACUGCCGGUAAUGAUGAACGCCCCGGAAGAUGAAUCCAUUUUGAUUCUUCCUAAACAUCCUACGGCCGUCGUGUCAUCUGCUACAAAUGCGCCGUUAACGUCAGACAACCUGGUUUUAGUGGAACGGCCGGGUUCAACACCACCGACAAAGGUUGCCUCUGAAACCGUUACUCCUUUCAAGGGAAUAUCUCUUAAGGAUUUUGAACAACAACGAAGACUGAUGCAGGAGCAAAAUCAGCAAAAGCGUGAAAUGCUUCAAAAGGCCAUUGAUCAAUAUGCUCAGAAAACGGCUGCUGAAGCAAAUAAACUUCAGGAGAUAAAGAUAGAGCUAGGAAAACUGGAUUCGGAGCUAGCCUCUGAUGUGGCAAUACUUAGAAAACAAAUCGAUGCGGCUAGUUUGCAUUUUGCUAAUGUUGAGAAAAACUAUCUCAACAUAGAGAACCUCUUCCUCAAGGCAAAAGUCGAGCUUCAUCAGGCCCACGAACGGAAAGAAAUGCUAACGGAGCAUCUUUGCACCAUCAUUUCUCACAACGAAGAACGCAAGGCGAAGCGACUGUCCGAAUUGAUGGAGAAAGUGGGUCUAUCUGUGAACGGACAUUUCGAUGACACACUCAAUACGGAAAAUUCCUCUUCGUUGGUUUCCUCUACGGUGGACACACCAAAAAAAUGACCGCCUGAACUUAAUACGCACAACCGCCAUGAGCGAACAAAAUAACGUACUAAUUUGAUAUUGCUGCAACCAAUAACCAAAAAUCAAUAAUUCUUAUGAUGGAUCUAGCAAUUGCAUGUAUUUUGAUCUUUUCUCCCGCUUUACUACUGUUGAUUAAUGUACGUUUUGUGAUUAGGAUUCUUAAACAUUUUUGGAUAUUUAUUCUUACUGUUAUCGUUUAAUCUCUCGGUUACUUUAGUAUGAGUAUUAGACGCCUAACAAAAAAGUUACACCGAAUAGCAAUUAUAAAUUAAUGAUAGAUAUAGAAAUGCCCUGAAAUGGUGCUGAAUGCCGGUUUUACACAGUUCUAAGAAGGAAUAAACUUCCAGUAGGAAACUAAGGGAACAAAACAAUAAUAGCGAUAGUUGAUUAAAAGUAUUUUUGAUGCAUUUUUAUACUAUUAA